AUGCCUGGAUACGACGUGCUUGCUUACAACAAAUUCACCAACAAUGAGGGCGAGAACUGUGUCGAGCUGUUUGACCGGGAGAAGCGCUUCGAUAUUUGUUGUAUUCUUGAGCAGCCGAUGGCUGUGAAUCCUGGUGAAUGGUACUCGCUGGCUGUUGAACCGGAUGCUGAUGGAAUUGUGCGAGUUUUUAUGGAUGAUCUUCGCCAACUAGACCCAUCCGAACAUCAUCUACCAUACGCUUACCUGGAUCAAGAGGAAAACCAAGUGAACGUUCAAGUCAAUAUGAUGUUCAGCCCGGAUAACAGACACGAAAGCCACAAUCGCUGUGUCGCCUACUCACUCGAGUUCGGCCGAAUCUACUCCAACGACGAUUUCAACACGAUUCCAGAGGGUUUUAUUCACAAGCUAAAUGUGAUUCGAGCUACACCUACAAUUAAAAAGAAAUUCGACGUGAAAUGGAUGAUAAAUGAGAAAUCUCCGCAAAUCAAAGAGGCAAAUCAACAAUUUCAAGAGGAAUACUGUGAACGCUUUAUGAAAGAAAUGGAAGAAUCCGCGAAUAGACAUCCACCCGGUUUUAUGAAUAACAUGAAUGAACGAGGGAAUUUUAGGGAAGAAAGACCUAGGAGAAGAUUAAAAGCAAAUAGAGAAAAUCGUCGACGAAAUCGAGAACAAGAAGAGAAAGAUCCAACACUGCCAUCUUAUUCAUUCAGCAAUGCUAGGACUGGUUUUUCUUCUUCGAAUGCUUUCAACGAAUCAUCAUUCAAUCGUCAAGGAAACUUCGGCAAAAACAAUGUUCCGAAAAAUUGGUAUGGCGCUGCAUCACAAGGAAAGAGUCUGCCACGAAUUGCGUCGAGGGAGGGAGUUCAAGCUUUGAUCGAUUGGACUUCAUUAAAACAUGAAGAGAUCGUUGCGAAGCUUCGUGAAAAUCUGGCGCUUAUCGUUACGGAACAAUACAGUGAGGGUUCUGCCAAAUACGCGUACGCUUUCCAUCGACUUCCCCGUUUCGCUCUCCUUACCACUUUUUACGAAGAAGCUCUUGACGUUUUGUGUCCAACUAGUAUCAACGUAGGAGAUUGGUUUCAAGGAUUGUGCAGUCACGCAAAGAAGUCGAACAGGCGCAAUCAGAAGACGAACGGGAUUCUAGUGGAUAAAGUGAUUAGGAAGAUUCCACACCCAUUUCCAACUUCAGUCGAGAACGGAAAGGUCCGCUGCAUCAUUGCACUCGAGGUUCCCAGUGAAUACAAUCCCCAAGUGACAGACUGGAUGACAGUGGAUAGGCGGCUGAAAGAUUUUGUCGCUGUUGAACAUAAUAUGCUUGGACACGUCGGCAUGCCGUACAAUGAUUUCAUGAAUUGGAGAAAUAAGAGAGUUCGGUGCAUUGUCGAAGCAUUGUCCUUUUCUGACUUGCCGCUACAGAUAGCAAAGCAAACGAUCACCGGUUUCCAAGUGAUCGAAAUCGAGAAACAAAUGGCAAGCGGGGAGGUGAUUGAGAAUCAAAUUGACACGCCAAGUGGUCAGCUUCCACGCCCAACUUCAGUCGUCGACGGAAUGGUUUCUUGUGGCUUGCCAAGCUUGUCGUUUCCGAUCAACCACGAAGCAUCGAGAAGCGGACCGAAUUCAAGCGAUGAGGAAGAGGAAGAGGAAUUGGACGAUGAAGAUGAUGAAGAGGAUGAUAAUCUUUAUGGAGAAGGAGUUUCAGGAAGUGGACGUGUGAGACAAGAAGGAAAUGAUGCCUCUGAAUCCCCACCAUCGUAUAAUGAGCAGAUAUCGAACAACGAGGCUGCCAAUUGGAAUCCGGAAAGGCCUUCAUCACCGAUCUCUCAACACUCCGGCCGAUCACAGCACUAUGCCCCAAUGUCGUACCAGGAACUGGUUCAACUCAACAAUCCACCACGGCAAGAAUCACCCGAACCUUCGAGGUUCAGUCCACCCAGAUCUCAUUCAGACUCUCAAAUGAGUGAUUCUCAAUAUUCACAGCAACACUCACAACCAAGUGUCUACUCAUUCUCCAAACCCGAUCAAUCCAGACAAGCUCCACCACCAGGGUUCAGUCCUCCAUCUUGUCCCCAGCUCUCACAACCAAGUGCUUUCGGUCGAAGUCAAUCCUCUGUCUCUCCAUCGAUCAAUCAAGGACUCCAAAAACAUCAACAACUCUUGUACCAACCAGAUCCUGGCUGCGAAUCUUUGCAAACAGAGGGAGUCGUUAUCGGGAGAAGUGCCUCGAAUCUGAUGUUUAUUUACGCAAAUGAUGUUGGAGUGACGCUUGUUUCAAAUGAAGUACAAUGGUUGACAAAUGUUGGACAUUGGUAUAGUUUCAAAGCGCAAAAAUUGUUGAUCCCGUUGCCUGGAUGUGAAUAUGUUACUGUUGACAAGCUAGCGAAUAGUGAUGAUCUAAUGCCGACUCGAAGUCUGGAAAUGAUCGUUGAGUUGCAAACAUGUAUCACGAUUGACCAUCGAGCUCAACCAAGAAGUGAUGGUUUUUUCGUUGCAGAGUCAGGGGAUGUUGGAGCUGUUUUGAUUAAUGAGACGGUGACAGAAUUCGAGGAUGGAGGAUCUUUAACAUUGCAAGAGAUCAAAAGGUUCGAUCGACUGGAAGUAGUGAUUCGGCCAUGGUUGAAGCGACCCGGGAAACUCGAGUGGAUCUGCAGCUUGAUCAGACCGACAUUCGUGAUUCCUGAGACCGAGAUUCGACCCUUGAUUAAACUUGACUUGAUUGAUCGCUUCCCAACGGAUAACAAUCAGCAAUUCAACAUGCUUCUCAACGAUUUGAAUGAAUUCUGUGCCGACUUUGGAAAAUCUCAACUACAUCAACCAACACCACAACCUCAGUAUCAACAAGCGUCAACACCUCAAACGGGCUACCCGGCAUCGAGUCGAUCUACUCCAUACUCGAACUAUUCGGGAACCAGACCAACGUCAACAGCUACCGUACCAAGGAUUGUUCAUGACGCAUCUGAUUUGCUCGCACGCCUCUGGAACAUCGAGGGAAUUCGUCUCGAAGCCGAGAGUCGAAACCACAAUUUGUAUGAAGAAAUAAAAGACUAUAUCAGGCAUACACAAAACCCUUCAACCUAUUCGAGUCGCCCAUCGACAACAUUUCGAGAUGAACCUCCAGCAAGCCGUCCAUCUGCAACAUAUAGAAAUGAACCUCCAUCAAUAAAUCAUUACACGGCUUCGUCUUCCCAGAUGUCUUUCAAUGAUCCUUCCUCUUCGAAUUACAACAACAGCUCAACUUCUGACUACUACUUCUCGACGAACGGCGCCUAUGAUCGUUCUUCGUUCAACUAUUCCUCGAACACCAAUUACACCAAUCCUCAACGUGGUGGACAGACUUCUUCUUAUGAUCGCUCGAAUUACUCAAAUGAUACACACAACGCUCCAUCGAAUUAUAAUGCUCAACCGAAAAACUAUUCAAAUGACUUCAACAACGCCGCACCAUCGAAUUCCUAUGCUCCUGCAAGCUUUAAUGAUAGACAAAGAUCGAAUCGUCGAGAUGUUUAUGGAACAGAUAAGUAUGACAGCAAUGGAUCCUCCAAUCAAAAUGAUCGUCGCGGUCGUGGACGUGGAUUUGAUGGAAAUAAGACGAAUCGAAAAGAGAAA